AUGUCUACUUCUUUAAAAGGAGUUUACUUUUGGUCGGUUACAAAGUUUCUUACCAGAGCAGUGAAGUGCAUUAACGAGCCCCCCUAUGCUCUCAUAAUCUUAAAUCAGCCUAUUUCGCGUCGAAAUAAUGUUUUCCAUACACUUUGGGAAAACGCAAACUUAAAGAUUUGUGCAGACGGCGGCGGGAACCAGCUGCAUGAAGCUUUUGAGGGAACUGAUAAGCAACAAAUGUAUAUCCCUCAUUAUAUCAUGGGAGACUUAGACUCUUUGAAAGAUGACGUCAGGGAUUUUUAUAUUUCUAAAGGUGCUAAGGUUGAACAGGAUCCGGAUCAAAAUUCUACAGAUUUCAUGAAAUGUAUUGAACUUGUCCGUAGAAAGGAAAGAGAAUCUUCUGUAAAGCACGAGAUAGUUGCUCUUGGUGCAUUUGGAGGUAGAGUGGAUCAAGCAAUGUCAACUAUUCAUUACUUAUAUAAGCUGAAAAAUGAGAGAAGGAUUUACCUAUUAUCAGAUCAAAAUAUGACUAUUUUGCUAGACAAAGGAAAGCAUCAAAUACAUUGUAAUCAGGCUAUUGAGGGCCCAACUUGUGGAAUAAUACCUAUUGGCAUCGAAAGAGCUAUUGUGACAACAACGGGGUUAGAGUGGAAUCUCACGAAUAGUUCCACCUCGUUUGGUGAAAUGAUUAGUACAUCUAACCAUUUAAUUAAUGAUAUUGUAAUGAUCGAAACCGAUUCACCCAUUUUAUGGACAGUUGAAUUGAAAAUCUGA